AUGGAUUCUGUAGCUUUAUGGGACGAAUCAUAUGAGGAAAGGAUUUCUCGGAGAUUUAUAAGAGAUAACUCAAACAUUAUGAGUCUCAGCGAUCAAAGUUUUGUGCAGAAUUUUCGGCUUAGUAAGGAAGCCUUUAUAUAUGUGCUAAAUAGCAUAAAGGGCGAGAUGAAAUCUCCAACGAGAUCAACGGUUAUCCCUGAUAUCAUAAAAGUGGCAACGACCCUAAAGUUUCUUGCUCAGGGUGCGUAUCAGCAUUUAAUUGGCCAAGACCAUAGCGCGGGGCUAGCACAGCAAACCGUUUCCAGUUGCCUUUGGGAAGUUUGCAGUGCAAUUGAAAAGGUAUUGUGUCCAAAACAUAUCGUUUUUUCGAUGAGCAGUGAAGAGAAACAGGAUGCCAACCGUAGCUUUUACGAAACAUGCGGAAUUCCGGGUGUGGUAGGAGCAGUGGAUGGAACGCACAGCCAAAUGAUAAGGCCAUCAAAUGACGACCAUUUAUUUUUUAACCGUAAGCUUAAGCAA